CAAAACAUUGCCUUUCCAUUGUGCAGAAAUCAAACAGCUGGGGACGUACCAGGGAAACUCUAUCCGCUCGAAAUCAAGCGCGUUUUCACGGCAAGAAACAUGUCCGGAGUAGUGCGUCGUGAUAUUUCGCCGAUGCUGCAGAAGCUGCGCAACUUUCUGCUCGGUCGACAACAUACGAACGCGCUUCGUUUUGAGGAUGGAAUUGCAGCCAGAACUCAACCGCCACCGAAUCUACCCGAUGGACCAGCACACAAACUGUCUGCCAACCACUACGUGAUCCGUGAUGCUCGUCGCGAAGUUGCUCCCCCGAUUGAUUUGACCACGCAGAAGCUACUGGCGGAAAAGGGAUCAGCUGCGAAACUUCCGACACCCGGCAAGUCGUUUGGCUGGGAUAAGCAUUAAAUCUUUCGGACUCGUUAUAGGUGAACUAUGAAGUGAAAAACAACAAGUGCUGUAUCCUGUGUUUAUCUAGUGAAUGUGCGGUCCCGAAUAAAGAAGCGAGGACGUGUACCAACAA